AUGUGGUGUUUGAUUCAAAUCUUAUUGUUCAUCAUCUUUUUUGUAACAACUGUUAACUGUCAAGGAGGAGGUGGAGGCGGAGCUGGUGGAGGACUCCUUGGACUAGGUGGUUUUCUGUUUAUAAUUAUAUUCUUCCCUGUGUAUUUCUGUUAUCAAUGCUGUGCAGGUAAACCAAGGCGCUCGAAUACAAAAUUUGUUAAUAGAAAAACAACGAACAAUGUUGAAAAACAAAUUAUUGACAUUAAACUAUUUCAGUCAGGUAUUUGGCAAAGUCAAUACUAUCAAUAUAGUAAUUGGCAUGGUCCGCAUCAACUUGAACUCACGUUCGAUACUCUACAAUCGAAAGUAACAGGAUCAGGAGAAGAUAAAGUCGGGAUGUAUUCUAUUGAGGGUAUUUACUCGACACAGAGUCGUCGAAUGGGUCUUACAAAAAUAUAUCAACUUGGUACGGGCAAUCCUUUAGAAAACUUAGGACACAAUGUUACUAUUCAAGUCGAAUGGAAUAAAUAUACGAAUCAAUUUGAAGGCAAAUGGUAUGUUCGUACGAAAAAAUUUAAAGGAGGUGGUUCUUUUAAAAUGAACUUCAACAAAGAAAAUCCGCAACCAUCCCUGUCUUCUGUAUAUGAAAAAGUGUAA